AUGAAAUCAAACGUUCUGAAGCGCACAGUGCUGCUUUCCGUGGCCAUCGUGGUGCUCAUUUUGGUGCUCGUGCAGGUCUCGUCCGACUCCACGCCAGACUUGCGGCAGGUGCUGGGUCCCGGCGUGCCUGUGAAGGAAUUCACAGAAGGGAAACAAGCCAGUGGACCCAACGGCAGGGGCUCAGGAUUCGGUUUUUCGGGUAAGGCCAGCACCGAAGAGCUUGAACUCGCACGGAAACUUAACGACUUGACAGAGAAACUGCUUGUGGAGCAGGACACGCGGCUCAAAAAGCUCGAAAACGACAGGGCCAAGCUCGAAAAACAGCUAAACGAACUUCGCAGACCAAACCAGGAAGCUACUUUGCGGGAAAGACUCGCAUACAUGUUCCCAUACGACCAAAACAGAAAGUUCCCGGCCUACAUCUGGCAAUCUUGGAAAUACGGACUUAACGAUGCCAGUUUUGGACCUAAAUACAAAGAAGGAGAAGAGCAAUGGGCGUUGAAGAACCCCGGAUUUGUUCACGAGCUGUUCAACGACGACACGUCCAACGCUAUCAUUCAUUACUUGUACAUGCAUAUUCCCGAGGUGAUCAAGGCGUACGAGCUGCUCCCCCAUAUUAUCUUGAAAAUGGACUUUUUCAGGUACCUGAUGCUAUUUGCCAAAGGAGGAGUGUAUGCAGACGUGGACACGCUGCCAUUGCAGCCAAUUCCAAACUGGAUCCCCGAGAAUGUUGAUCCUUGGGAAAUCGGGCUCAUUGUGGGGAUCCAGUCGGACCCUGACACCCCGGACUGGAGACAGUACUACGCCAGAAGAUUGCAGUUUGCCAACUGGGUGAUCCAGGCCAAACCGGGCCAUCCAGUCUUGCGUGAGAUCAUUGCCUCUAUCACCGAGGAAACUCUCCGGAGAAAUAAAGAAGGAGCUCUGGAAUUUGACUCCUCGAACGAACUUUCAAUCAUGGACUGGACCGGCGCCGGCGUCUGGACCGAUGGGAUCUUCAAGUAUUUCAACGAUUACAUGUUGUCGGGCAUAUUUUCCAAAGUCACAUGGAAAGACUUCACCAAGCUCGACGUUCCUAAACUUGUGUCUGACGUUCUUGUGCUACCAAUCACCUGUUUUUCGCCUGGACUCGGCAAAAUGGGGUCGCAGGACGCAGACCAUCCUUUGGCGUUUGUCAAACACUAUUUCGAGCAUCUUUACAGACAGUGA